GGGGGCGCACUUCGUUGCGAUGUUCAGUCUAGACGCCAUCUUGAGGAGACCCCAAAACUGGUGACAACAAUCUCAGGCGCAUCAUAAUGGGAUUACUAACCUCUAAAUAAAAUCACCUCAAAUCGUUGUGGGUAGCAAACGACACCAGAAAGGAGAGGAGUCGUCCACCAAGAGUGUAUUACUUAUCAAAGAAGACUGCGGCUUAGCUAAAGGCAACCUUGCCUGUAGCUAGAUGGCCGGCUAGCAAUCUAUGCCAGAAGCUGGUCUGUGUGCCGCUCCGGACUGAAACCGUGCGGCCUCCUCUGGAGGAAGGGUGGUGACCGCGCAACAUGCAAUCCCGUUAAUUUACUACAGAAUCUAAUUUGAUUUAAAGACUCAGCAAAUCGGAUAGCGGAUACGACAAUGCACGUAUAGAUAUCACGCUCUUACUGCAAAUUUCCUUGUCUGGAGUGAUAAGACCCAGCUAGCCUGUUUGAUUACAGGGCUGUCUUGCGUUGCCUAAAUUAUUCCCAACUGGAGACAUGUCAUCCAACUGUACCAGCGUUGCGCCGGUGAGCGCUAGCAAAACGAAGACGAAAAAGAAACAUUUUAUAGGACAGAAAGUGAAAUUAUUCCGUGCAAGUGAGCCUAUUCUCAGCGUUUUAAUGUGGGGUGUCAACCAUACGAUCAACGAGUUAAGUAACGUGCCUGUACCAGUAAUGCUGAUGCCUGAUGAUUUUAAAGCCUACAGUAAGAUCAAAGUGGACAACCACCUAUUUAACAAAGAAAACCUGCCCAGCCGCUUCAAAUUCAAAGAGUACUGCCCUAUGGUGUUCCGCAACCUGAGGGAGAGGUUCUGCAUCGAUGACCAGGAUUACCAGAACUCUCUGACGAGGAGCGCCCCGCUCAACAGCGACUCCCAGGGGCGCUUUGGCAACCGCUUCCUGUCCAGCUACGACCACCGCUUCGUCAUCAAGACGGUGUCCAGCGAAGACAUCGCCGAGAUGCACAACAUCCUCAAGAAGUACCACCAGUUCAUAGUGGAGUGUCAUGGCAGCACUCUGCUCCCCCAGUUCCUGGGCAUGUAUCGGCUAACAGUGGACGGGGUUGAGACGUACAUGGUGGUGACCCGUAAUGUAUUCAGCCACCGUCUCACCGUGCACCGCAAGUACGACCUGAAGGGUUCCACGGUCUCAAGGGAAGCCAGUGACAAAGAGAAGGCCAAGGAACUCCCCACCUUUAAGGACAACGACUUUCUGAACGAGGGCCAGAAGCUGCAGAUAGGAGAUGACAACAAGAAGUACUUCUUGGAGAAACUAAAGCGCGAUGUAGAGUUUCUGGCCACUCUAAAGAUCAUGGACUACAGUCUGCUGGUGGGGAUCCAUGAUGUGGACCGGGCAGAGCAGGAGGAGAUGGAGGUGGAGGCAGGUGGAGAGGAGGAGGAGUACGAGAACGAUGGGAUGGGAGGAGCACUCACCGGCUCCUUCGGCACCCCUCCAGACAGCCCUGGGAACCCCCUCAACUUUGGCGGGUUCUUCGGCCCUGGCGAGUUCGACCCCUCCGUGGACGUCUACGCAAUUAAGAGCAACGACAGUGCUGUGAAGAAAGAAGUGUACUUCAUGGCUAUCAUCGACAUCCUCACACAUUACGAUGCUAAGAAAAAAGCUGCACAUGCUGCCAAAACUGUGAAACAUGGGGCUGGGGCAGAGAUCUCCACCGUAAACCCAGAGCAGUACUCCAAAAGAUUCUUUGAGUUCAUGUCCAACAUCCUGUCAUAGAAUCAUCUCUCCUACCCCAGCCAAUCACAUCCUGUCAUCAGCCACACCCACCCCUCUCUCGCUCCUCCUGCCACUCCCACCUGACUUAGCCCCACCCCUUACCCUCCCACUCUGGGGAUGACAGACUGAAAGGAUGCACAGACACGAGCCUGUUACAUUGACCCACAGGGAGGGGGCGCCGGACUUUCUUUAAAAAAAAAAAAAGCAACACGUCUCUUCUCCCCCCCAUGUCUCACUCCCCCUGCCCAGCCUUCCCUGCCACCUCAAUCUGAGCGCUCGACAAGGAAGGCUUGUGAAACAGAGUUCAAUAGGAUAUUUGAGACCCUCCCCUUUUCUGCCUUCCCACACCACCUUAUACUAGUCCUCACGCCAGCACGGGAACUGUCUCACUAAUGCCUUGAAAGAGUGUCAGCUUCAGCAGUAGGAGUCUGUUUAGUACCGUCUGUUCGUUUCCGUUCGUUAUUAUUUUCAGACACACACAAGUACACACACAAACCUCUCACAGACACAGAAGCGGUCAGAUCGCAUGAAUCUUUUGACCGAACUCUGCCUCCUUGACUUGUCAGGAGAUCCACAGCCGACAGUAUCAAAAUUGGAAAUGCAGGAGAUUAAUAUAAGGGUUUUACGUAAAUAAAUGCAAUAUUAAAAUGCAUGGCUGAAAUGUACAUGACUCUGCCAGUUAGUUGAAAUGUCAAACCACUGAAUUUAGCAUCUGAGCAUUAUGACUAAAAAAGAAAAAACAGUGUCUGAAUGUUAAGUUGCCAUAUUGUUCUGAAAACUUUUGACAUUUUUACCAUGGACUUGGUUGGUAAAGGAAAAUCCACAUAAAAAAGGGGAAUACUAAAGCAAAUGCUUGUUUUAUUACCAUAAAAAUCAUUUUUAUAUCUCGUUUACAUUAAUGUAGCAUUUGUGUUUGUAUACAGUAUUGUUUUGUAACAGACAUUAGAUCAGAAAAGUUACUUGAAAAGGAUUCAUUACAUAUUAAAGGGAGUUAUUGUUUUUUUCCUGAA